AUGGCGAGACCGGAUUACACUGAGAUAUGUCGCGACAUAAGAUCACGAUUCACCGUCAAGUUCAAAAAAGCCGAGACAAAGGACAAGUUCGCGACAAGAGGAAUGGUCAGGAAGAUUCUGACACGGCCUGUGCUGGAAAUGAUUUAUGGGAGCAUCUGCGAUGAUGCCAAUUUCUCGGAGACAGGCUCAAUCGCUGUUGACGCCCGCCAUUUUGUUCGAAAUAUGGAGAGGAAAAUGCUGCAUGGCUUUUUGGCCAUUUUGUUAUACGCAAGGUGCUCUAUCAAAGCCGCAAAAGCCUUUAUCAAACAGCUUGUAUUCGGAGACAUGGCAGAAGAACAGCAAGGCUAUAGCGAAACCCCAUAUCUGCUCCCAGCGACCCAGGACUAUCUUGUCAGUCUGUUCGGCCCUCUCGACGCCCAGGAUUUCUUCGCCGAGCAGCGCCCUUUCUGUACCAUCGUCCUUGGUGGGCCAGGAGUCGUCACUAUUGAUCAGGAUGAUAAGCGGUCUCUGCCAUGGCUAGAUGAGAGGCAUAUCGGUUCCGGUGCUUUUGGAAGCGUUUAUGAGGUCAAGAUACCCAAGGAACAUUUGACCACGCAACAAGACUUCAAUCAAACCAAUUCAAUGGCCAAGCUGGUCGCCCGAAAAGACUACAUAGUUGCCAAAAACAUGGAGGAGAAUUUUGAGAAAGAGGUAAAAUCUAUUCGAGAGAUCUUCAGUGUCAACUCCAAGCAUAAGAAUAUUCUCGAGAGCUUUGGCACCCUUGUCAUCAGAGGGCCAGAGCCAAAGUUCAGUCUACUCAUGCCACUAGCAGACAUGGACCUGCAGAAGUAUAUGGAAGUCAAUCCAGAGAUCUCUAUCCAUGACAGAUGGGCCCGAGAGCGUAUAAUCAGCGCCACUAUAGGCCUAGCAGAUGGACUUGAGUUUCUCCAUAGCAAGAUGACCACGGUCGGAGGUGAUCAGUUGGUUUGUUACCACAUGGAUCUCAAGCCUAGCAAUAUCUUGGUGUUUCUACAUAAACCACGAAUUGAGGGUACUGGCACAGAGGACAGGGCCUACGAUAUGAUUUGGAAGCUUAGCGACUUUGGUUUGUCAAGAGUCAAGACCAAAACAAAGCCGGAAAAGAAUUUGGACAGCCUCUUCGAAAGGAAAAUGAUUGACCAGUCCAGCCAAGCAUCCCCAACUCAAAACCAUCGGGGGAACGCUACAUACCUACCAAUUGAAGCUCAAGACAAGAGAAAGACGAUGAACCAAAAGAGUGACAUUUGGUCCUUGGGCUGCGUUAUCAGCGUCCUAUUUACCUACAUGGAAGAAGGGCAUUCAGCGUUAGAGCAUUACAGCGAGUCUCGAUGCAAGUACAACAAGAAGUUCGACGUCUUCUAUCAGGAGAACAGGCCCAGCAGGGGUGCUGGUUUGAACGAGGCUGUGAAAAGGCAACACACCAAAUUAAUUGAAGCCGCGAAGAAACGAAACGCGGCUGAAGGGGAUGCGGUUUCACAUAUACUCAGUGCCCUUACCCAUGGAUUUCACAAAGAGCGUUCUAUUGUUCCAGUAGAUAUCCACCGUUGGAGACUCGAUAUAAACAAAUCUACUCGUUUUAAAGACUGUCGGAGUUCGCCUAAUGGCCAAUCGAUAGUUUACUGGAGUGACAAGGCUAUCAUGGUAUUCGACAGAGCAACCGCGAUAUCAAGAACAAAUUCUAGCAGUACAUUUGGCACCGGAUUCAGGGCCACCUCCACAGAUAGCGUACGAGAUCGUGCUCUGAGGAACGUUGCAGAACAUCAACUAGCUGGAGUGAGCUGCUCCUGGAAAUCCCUGGGGCUAACACACUCAUACUUGGUUGCUGCUACGACAGAGAUAAAGUCAUUGGAACAAAAUCAGCUUGCCACAUCCUGGAUUUCACAGUUUGACAGUAUCACCAAGCCAAAACGCGCUGGCAUGUAUCCUAAUGUCUUUUCGGAAACUUCAUCACGCCAAGAAUAUCAGGAAGCUGGAAUUCGUCUUGUCCGACAGAAGGUUCUUGACCUAAACUGUUCUACAUCCUCAGUCGAGCACAUAGCGCUAAGAACACAAGAUGAAGGGUAUAUAAUUAUUCGCAACGCAUCGACCCUAUCCCUAUGCCUUUUCACUAUUCGCCGUCCAAGGGUAGUGAAGCAAGACCUGAAGCUUGGAUCACCUACUAGCAGCGCCGAACGUCUGUUUACAGACAUGGUUUCCUUCCAAAGUGAAGCAAACGAAGCUCAAUCCGAAGUCCUUGUGGUAGCGCAAGCUCAGCGGAUAUUUCAUCUGAAGUUUAAAGGCGCUGAAGAAGCAGCCACGAGCAUCGCGUAUCUUCCCAUUGAAUACUAUCGCAUACUCAAAAUUGCGACAAAUGGCUAA